AUGUCCACUCCCCUGUUAAACCAUCUAUCUUGUCUCCUCCCCCAGAGACCAAACUACACCCUUUCCAUCGGCAGCGGCUCUGGCCUCCUUGAAGCCCUUCUCGUCCAUCGUCAUCCCAAUCUAUGCAUCCAGGGCGUGGAGGUCCACUCAUCUGUGAACCGGUACCUAGCUGAUGAGGAUGUGCAUGUUGUUGGUGGGACGUGGGAUUUACUACCUCCAUUACCAUUACCAGCACUACUGCCUUCAGAACAACAACAGUCUGGGGCUGGGGAGACAGGUAAGAUUGGUAUCUCAGGACCUCGCGCUUGUAUGUUUGUCUAUCCGCGUGAACCGGCCCUGGUGGGGAAGUAUCUGGAUUUAUACUGUGUUCAGAAUCAGAAGGACAAGCAACAGCUAGAGAUGGUUCUAUGGUUAGGUCCGCGUGUGGAUUGGCCGGAUUAUGAGGCUGUUUUCCGAGGGUGGUUUGUGAACAUGGAAUUUGAAGAUGUGGGGUUGCCGGAGUAUGAGAUGUUGGUUGUUGCGAGGAUAGUAUAA